UAAAUAUGUAGAGGGAGGAUGCAAAGAAGAUGGAGCCAGGCUAUUUUCAGUGGCACCCCGUGCCAGGACAGGAGGCCGUGGGCGCAGAUUGAAACACAGGAGGGUCCCUCUGAACAUCAGGAAGCUCCAGAUGUGCUGUGAGGGUGCCAAGCGCUGGCACAGCUUGUCCAGAGAGGCUGUGGAGCCUCCAUCCUUGGAAACAUUCAAAAGCCACCUGGGCACAGUUUGGGGUAACGUGGCUCCAGGUGGCCCUGCUUGAGCAGGGGGUUGGCCUAGAUGACGUCCAGAGGUCCCUUCCCGCCUCAGCUGUGCUGUGAUAAUGAGCUCGUAACUUAAGUGAAACUAACGCACAUUAAAUUGCCAUUACCUUAAGGAGGAAGAACUACUUGCUGUUUGUAACAGCCGUUAUACCAAGCGGAGAACUGGUUGAUAUGUUUUGAAGAAACAAAACUGCUUUGCUACGCAGAUCUAACUUUACAUUAAUACAAGUCAAAUGAGUUUUGAACAGUAAAGCAGAGCAACAGAAGAUAUCGCUUAAUCAUCUAAAAAUGGUUUUAAAGAAGAAGAAAGAAAUUCAGGUAGAUGCGUUCCUUCUUGAUCAGCAGCAGCUUGAAAAACUUCAGAGGUUUUCAAAGGUUGAAGAGGAAAACCUGGCAUCUCUUCUUCUGCACUGCGCACAGCUGAACAAUGGCAUCCAGCAGAUCCAGUGUAUUAAACAAAUUAUGCCAUUGGUAAGCAAGAUGGAUCAAAACUCUGCAUGUGAUCCCAUGGUUAAAGCUUGUUUGGAUAUUUUGGGAGAGACAUACUUUGCACUGGGUGUGAAGAAUCCCUUGAAAAAAGUAUUAGCAAGUUCACUGAAUGGUCUUCCUGAACAGUUUAUGACGUUAGCUAUACAAAGCUUUGUAAGCUGCCUUAGGGAAGAACUGAAAACCACUGACGUAUAUUUGUACAGAAAAGUACUGGACAACCUUGCUUCCUGUAUGGAGGACUUCAGCUUAGGUAGAGCAAGCGUUAAGAACCUGUUUGAAGAAGUUCUUCAGUUUCUGCAGAAGUCGCUACUUGACAUACAGGAAGAAAACAGGCAAAAUCAUGGAAAUCGUAUUGUUCAGAGUCAGUUGAUGCACGAUUUACUGAUAGCCAUUAAAGUUUCAAUGAUGCUUGUACAGAAAUUACAAGAAAAUAUCCAGGGAAAUUUGUGGAGACACCAUGAGUCUUUUGUUUGGCAAAGUAUGUGUAGUUUACUGAAAAGCUCCACAAACUUCCUGAUGGAUGAAACUCUCCUGCAAACUGUUCAGACUACCUCAGGACUAGCCGUUAUUCUGUUUACUAAAGCUAUGUAUGAGCCAGUUGAAGAACUACCUUCCUUGGUCAGUGACUUGCUUCUUGGGUUGAUGAAACACGCAGGCGUGCCAGCAUGGUUUGUGAGUAGCUGUGGGACUCUGUGUACGGGAGAACUCCCUGACUCGGUCCUUCUCUUUCUUUGCCAUGGAGCACUGGCUAUGCUGGAAUGGAAGAAUGGCAGCAUGGGUGAAAAUGGAGAGAAGCUGUUAUUAGAUAUCGUAUCAGUCUUGUUGUCUCUGAGUUCAGAGUUAAAGGAAUCCAGUAUGGCAACGUCUUUGUCUAGAAUCUUUGCUAUUUGGACUAGUUCAGCACUAGCUGCCCUCAUUUCAGGCUCCCCAGAUCUAAAAAUCAAACUUAACGGGAAUUCGGACAUAAUUGGGAAGCUGCUGGAAUACAUUUAUACACACUGGGAACACCCUCUGGAUGCUGUUAGACACCAAACCAAACUGAUAUUCAAGAAUCUUCUUCAGAUACACCGAACCACCAUUACUGGAUCCAAUGAAAAAUCAGACCCAUUCUUUGCAAAGCUGAUAAAGCAUUUACUAAGCUUGGAAUGGCAUGUAAAAGGGAAAUACGCUUCACUUGGCUCUCUUGUGGAGUGCGUGGGCACUGAAAAUAUAUUACAGUUGGACAGAACAAUUCCAGUACAAAUCUUGAACGUGAUGAAUGAUCAAUCUCUUGCACCCUAUGCUAGUGAUCUUUUGGAAACCAUGUUUACAAAUCACAAAACCCAUUUUACUUUGAGUUUUCAAGAAAGCACCUGGAUUGACCAGUGGCAUGACAUCUGGGUUUCUCCUCUUCUUGUAAUACUGUGUGAAGGCAACCAUGACCAAACUACUUACAUAAUAGAUUACUAUUUACCAAAAUUGCUCAAAUGUAGCCCUGACAGUCUGAGCUACAUGAUUAGAAUUCUUCAAGCUUCUGCAGAUGCUAACCUAGGCUCUCGCAGUACUAGAGGAGCUCUUGGAGCGUUAAUGGCAUGCCUGAGAACAGCCAGGGCUCAUGGACACCUGGAACUUUCAAAUAUCAUGAGCAAUGGUCUUGUAUCCACUGAAUGUAUAAAACAAGGUCUAGUUCAUCAGCACAAUCAGGUUUGCAUUGAUGCUUUAGGUUUACUUUGUGAAACCCAUCGUAGCACGGAAAUUGUGUCUAUGGAAGAAAUGCAACUAAUUCAAUUUUUUAUAACGUACAACUUGAACAGCCAGUCUCCUUCAGUGAGGCAACAGAUAUGUUCUUUACUGAGAAAGUUAUUUUGUAGGAUACAAGAAAGUUCCCAGGUGCUUUAUAAAUUGGAGCAAAAUAAAACCAAGCAAGAAUUACUUGAAACCUCAACUGAAAAGCAUCCUUUGGGGAUUUUGCAGCAAUACAAAGAUUUCAUGUCAUCUGUAUGCAACAGACUUUUCGAGGCACUCUUUCCCGGUUCGUCACACCCAACCAGAUUUUCUGCACUGAGUAUUUUAGGAUUAAUAGCAGAAAUAUUUUAUGUUCCAAAAGGCCAGGCACAAGUUUUUCAGUUGAAUCAGGAGAUUGAUUCUGCUCGUGUCCGAACUUUGAUCCAGUGUUUUGCCAGUACUUUUGAGGAAGUAAAAGUUCUGGCAUUUGGGCUUUUGAUGAAACUACAUGAUGUUGCAUUUAAUUUACAGGAUUCUGAAGAUCUAGAUCUCCUAUUCCAAGCAGCAAUGGAUCUUAGCACAAGUACCAAGCCAUAUGAUUGUGUCACUGCUUCAUAUUUGUUGAACUUUUUAGUACAUUACAAAGAACUACACCAUACUUGUUUAGGAAAAUGGGUUGAGCAUAACCCCCAGAUGGAUGAAAGCCCAUCAGUAAGUACAGUGGAGAAGAACACCUUAACAGUUAUCAAGCUUUUGUUGGUGAAUGUUGAAGAAGAAAUAUUUCAAGCUAAGAAGUCUCUGCUUCAAGCAGCAGCAUCGUUCCCAAUGUAUGGGAGAGUGCAUUGUAUAACUGGGGCUUUGCAGCAAUUACCUUUGAAUAACUUGACAUUGAUAGCUGAAUGGAAGGAAAUGGUGGCCAGGCUCAUUCUGAUGUCAUACAAACUCUCUGCUGUAGUAUCACCAGUAGUGCAGAGCUCAUCACCAGAGGGUCUUAUUCCAAUGGAUAGUGAUUCAGAAAGCACAGGUCGUCUGCAGAUGAUUCUGCAUGAGAUACAACCCCAGGACACAAAUGAUUACUUUAUGCAAGUGAAAACUUUGAAAGAACACUGCAAAGUAGAGUCUGAAAAGCUGGCUGACCACAGGCCAGUGAAAAAUAUUUGCACAGAAAUGAGAGGUAAAGAAAGGCAAAUGUGUGACGUCACAGCCCAAAUGGUUCUUGUAUGUUGCUGGAGAAGCAUGAAGGAAGUAUCUCUGCUCUUAGGGACACUGUGUAAACUUUUGCCUUCACAGGCUGCACCUGAACCUUCAGAUGGGCUGAUUACUGUAGAACAGGUUAAAAAUAUUGGGGAGUACUUCAAACAUCAUCUGCUGCAGUCGAGGCACAGGGGUGCAUUUGAAUUGGCAUACGCUGGCUUUGUGCAGCUUACGGGAAUGCUUUCCAGAUGUAACAGUGAGAGUCUGCACAAGAUGCCAGAGCAGUGGCUAAGCAGUGUGUUAGAAGAAAUCAAAUCUUGUGAUCCUUCGUCUACACUGUGUGCAACCAGACGCAGUGCAGGAAUUCCAUUCUACAUACAGGCUUUGUUAGCUUCAGAACCAAAGAAGAGCAAAACAGAUUUGCUGAAAAUGACAAUGGAAGAAUUGAUGUCUUUGGCUGCACCUUCGAAUGAAUCAUCAAGUGUAAUUCCACAGGUUCAUGCUUUAAAUAUCCUUCGGGCACUGUUUAGGGAUACACAUUUAGGUGAAAACAUCAUGCCUUAUGUUGCAGAUGGAAUACAAGCAGCAAUUCUAGGUUUUAUGUCACCUGUCUGGGCAGUAAGAAAUUCAUCUACACUUCUUUUUAGUGCUCUGAUUACAAGAAUUUUUGGAGUUAAAAGAGGGAAAGAUGAAAAUUCCAAAAAAAAUAGAAUGACAGGAAGGGAGUUUUUCUCUUGGUUUCCAAGUCUUUAUCCUUUCCUUCUCAAGCAGUUGGAGGUUGUAACCAAUACUUUGAACAGUGAAGCUGAAGAAUUGAAAAUUCAUCCAAGCUUGUUCCUUUUGCUUUUAAUCCUGGGAAGGCUGUAUCCGUCUCCAAUGGAUGGCACUUACUCAGCGCUCAGCAUGGCACCGUUUGUCCCAUUUAUUAUAAGGUGUGGACACUCUCCUGUGUACCGUUCACGUGAGAUGUCAGGUCGGGCCCUUGUUCCGUUUGUUAUGGUAAAUGAAGUACCACGUACAGUGCAGUCCUUGCUGGAGGGGCUUCCAGACUCUACCAGUCCUUGCAUACGACAGAAUAAUAUUCAUGGAACGCUUCUGCAAGUUUUUCACUUGCUGCAGUCGUACUUAGAAUCAAAACAGCUCGUUAGUUUGGACUUUCAGCAGGGACUGGGUGACAUCAUUACCUGUAUAAGAACCAAACUGUGGUUGGCUAAAAGGCCCAAUCCUUGUUUGGUGACCAGAGCUGCCUAUCUUGAUGUCCUUGUGAUGCUGAGUACUCACCUGGGGAAUUUUGAAAAGCAAGGAAUACAGUUGUUUGGAUUUUGGGAAGAGAUGGACAACGUUAUUUCAGAUUCUGAAUUGAUGUCCAGUAUUCCCUACUCAUCUGCAGUACCAGGACUGAUACAGUAUCUUCAGAGCAUCACCAAACUUGUGAUAGCAGUGCUGUCGGUGACUGCAGGUCCUGACGUCCAGAGCAGCAGUUCACCUGCUGCAGAGAAAAUAGCCAAGCCAUCAUUGUCAAUAGUUCAUCUCCUUCACUGCGAGUUUCAUGAAGUUCGACUGCUUGCGUUGGAAGCAGUACUGCUCUGGUUGAGGCAAAGAAAUUCCAAGCAGAUUGCAGAAGGAGGAGGAGGUGUAUUGUGUUUACUCACUGAUUUGGAAGGCACUCUUCUUACAAUGGCUGUGAAGGAAAAGAAUCUCCAGUGUUUUUGCAAGGUGCUGGAAAUUCUUUAUAACAUGGAUCUCAGAAAUAUGCUUCCAAAGACUGAACAUUCUAUAAAAAUGAAUCCACGUGAGCUCUUAACUUGGAGUUUAAACAUUGUAGAUCUCUCUAACAGCACUGAAGUUCAAAGCAUAGCUCUCAAAUUUGCCUCCAAGUUGGUUAUCCAUCUUUUGCAGAACCAUCAGCAGAUUUCAGAAGAAGUCAUGAAUAAGUGGGUUCAACUGAUAGUUUAUUUUUGUGGAGAUGAGCAACAGACAGAGAUGCUGUUAGCAGCUGCUGAAGUUCUUAAAAGUAUAACAACAUUUCUUCUGAUCAAUGAAAAGCUCAUUCUUGGACUGUCCGAUACCCUUGCUAUGUGGAAAUGUGUGGUUCUGCUGCUGCAGAAUGAAGAUUUGGUAGUAAGGGAUGCUGCUGCUGAGGUUAUACAAGUGGCACAAUCUGAAAGAAGGAGCAGUAAAGGAACAGAGUUUGCACUUAGGAUAGUGAAUGCUCCGAUGGCCUUGGAUUUAGCGUUUGGCAUAGUGUGUGAGCUGCUGCAGCGGUGGGGGGAGAUUCGUGCCGGCGUGCCCAUCUUGCUGGAGUGGCUGCUGGGAGACGGCGAUCCGAAAAGAGACUCAGAGACUUCAGCCCUGGAAGAAGAUGAUUACCUGUUUGAUAAAGGGGAAAUGAAUUUUUGGGCAGAGAAGUUGACUCAUGUCAGACAGCUUAGUAAGCACCUUUUACAGCUUAUAUCAAUGACUCAUCUAACCUUACCAGAUCACGGAGAACUUAAUCAACUGUCAAGAAUAGCACUGGACCAAGCCCAGCUCAUUGGACACCUUCUUAGAGCACUACCUCCAACUCCAGAAUUUUCCAAAACUGCAGAAUUCACAAGAUUGGCAAUUCAAAAUGAGAGAAUAUCAGUCUGCCUUAAAAUAUUAAAUCUGAUCAAGUCUGAUGAUCCUUGCAAAAAUGAAAAUCUGGAAAAGGGAAUUACUAAAAGUUCAUCCUCAGGGAGCUGCACACGUUACUGGAUGGGCAGGGAGACCGAAUUCUAAAGAUGUUCAAGGAAUAAGGGAUUGCUAUGAUGACUCUUGUAAACCUGCAACAAACUAUUCAGUAUUCAGGUUAAACCCACAUUUAUUUAUAUAUGAGUCUGUUGAUUUGAUUUUUUUUUUGUUGUUGUCAGAUGUGCUGUGGGAGACUGUUCCUUUUAAAUGCAUUUGCUAAUUUCAUUCAGCUGAGCAUGGUUUAUUAUAGCUACUGUAGGAAGUAAAGCAGCUAAACCUAAUAUUUUCCAUUCAUCCAGGUGCAGGCCACCUGUAGUUGGGUUACAUUUUAUCCCACAUUUUUACCUCCUGUAUUUUAACAGCAAGAAAAAGUUGAUUUUUUUUUUCUCCUUUCAAGAUGUAGCAUGGUAAUUAUUAAAUUAAUACGGUAUUUUUUUAUUUUAUUUUUGUUUCUAAAAGAAAAGAAACAAACCUUGGCUUCUUUGACCAUGACAAUUUUUAGACUACAUUUUAAAUUUUACUGCAAUUUCCUCUGGGGAAAGGCAAGGAUUCUCACUUUGGUAAUAACCGAAACAGCAUUAGUUACAUUUCUGCAUGCCUCUUUUUUUGCCUGUAAAUCAAAUAACUACUUUUACAAAAUUGCUCUAAAAUGGAAGACUGUAGUGUUCAAAAUAAAGCAGCUGUUCCAUUUUAAACAAAACAGUUUCAUCUUUACUUCAAAAGGCCCUACUCAGUGGAGCUAGACCCCCAGAAGUGUACAAGGAGCGAUCCUGGGCUGCAGCGAUCGUUUUCGGGAGAUGCUGUCACCGGUGCUCAGGUGAGGCAGCUGUGGGGAACAUACCGAGUGCUCAGCGGUUUCGCUGUCUGAAACACAAAAAUGUUUGUUGUGCUUUGCAAGUGUAUUUUUCUGGGAACUGCGAUUGGGUUUCAAUAUGAAAAUGAGACAUGGAAAAUCAAUGUUUAUUUUAAAAGG